AUGAAGGUACUAAGUCUUCUCAGUUUCUGGGCCGUAGCUCUCUUGAGCGUUGCCCUCGGCGCUGAGGUCGUGCCUCGCUCCACCUUCACCGAGGUGACAAGCUACGGCUCCAACCCAACGGGCACCCGCAUGUUCCUUUACGUACCCAAAACCUUGGCUGCCAAACCCGCCAUCGUUGUCGGAAUCCAUUGGUGCAGCGGCAGCGCCCAGGCGUAUUAUUCGGGCUCCCAGUGGGCGCGGUAUGCGGAGACGUAUGGCUACAUUGUCAUCUAUCCUCAGACCCCUUAUACGAACGACAAUUGCUGGGAUGUGGCGUCUAAGAUGACUCUAACCCACGGAGGCGGCGGCGCGAGCAACUCUAUCGCGAACAUGGUUGAGUUCAUUCUCGAGCAGUAUAGCGCGGACAGCAGCAAGGUGUUCGUGACAGGCAUUUCAUCGGGUGCCAUGAUGACGAAUGUCAUGGCCGCCACGUAUCCCAACUUAUUCGCCGCUGGAAUCGUCUACGCGGGCGUCCCUGCAGGUUGCUUCAUGAGCGCCGACAACAUCCCCGACUUUUGGAACUCUACGUGUUCGACAGGCCAGUCUAUCUGGACACAGCAGCAGUGGACCAACGUCGUGCACAACAUGUACCCGGGCUACACAGGUUCAAGACCCAAGAUGCAAGUUUACCACGGAACGGACGACCAGAUCCUCAAUGUGCAGAAUUACUACGAGACCAUUAAGCAAUGGACCGGUGUCUUUGGUUAUUCUACCACUCCCAUCUCAACUGAGGUCAACGUUCCACGGAGCCCAUACACCAAGUUCACAUUUGGAGACAAACUGCAGACAUUCCUGGGUAGCGGCAUCAGCCAUUCUAUUGAUGUAUUCCCCGACGGAGACCUGGCCUGGUUUGGCAUUACGGUAUGA